GUACACAGAACGUCGCUAAUGUGCGACAAGUUGGGAGUUGGUUUCGACUGCUCUGUUACCACGUAGGGGAGGACGAAGAAACCGAAACUUACUGAUGCCUAAAGUCAGCUGAAUCGAAACAAACAAUGGACAUACUUGACCGCAGUCGGAGAAGGAAGAUGGAAGUGGGGACGGGAGCAGUACUGUGAGCUUUGUGUGCUCUCACCGGGAUUUUAUUACAUUUGCCGAGUCAUUAAUGAUGGCAACUAAAAACUACGUAGCUGAACUAAACGAGUAUGCGCAGAGAAAUCGCUUGAAGCUGAAGUAUGAGUACCUUGGCUCUGACGGCCCAGACCAUAAUAAAGUAUUUAGCCAGAAGGCGAUCAUAGAUGGUAAAGACUACCCCAAAGGUGUGGGGAAGACCAAAAAAGAUGCAAAGCUUAAAGCAGCUGAAAAUGCUCUGAGGUGCCUGCUGGAUGGUAAAUGUCAGGACUUGACAGAAAAUGCAGCAGAAGCUUCUACACCAGCUGAGACAGAUAUCAACUUCAUAUGCUGGCUCAAUGAAUAUGGCCAGAGAAACAGGUUGACUAUAAAGCCUAUGGAGACAACAAGGCCUGGACCAAAUAAUGCUAUCCCGUGGUGUAGCUUCAUGGUUGGUGAUAAGGAGUACCCAGCAGUCUCUGGGAAAACGGCAAGAGAAGCUAAGGAGGAAGCAGCCAAGCUCGUAUAUGACAUAAUAAAUGGCAACAAAACUACAGAUACUGCAGAUGAGAAUUACAGCGAUGGAUCAGGUCAACAAAGUGAGGACUUGAGUGAGAAUGUUUUUGAUCUGUGUACUACAACAAAAAACCUGACCGUGAACUCUAAAGACCCCAGCUUAGUGGAGACAAAUUACAUAGGACUUAUCAAUGACUACUGUCAGCGAGAAAACUGCUCCUAUACAUUUGUUGAUGAGAAAAUAUGUGGCACACCUGAUAAACGUCAAUUUUUCUACAAAUUACGGAUUAACAACAAGCAAUAUCCUGUGGGGAAGGGGAAGAGUAUCAAAGAAGCCAAACAAAGUGCGGCGCGACAGGCCUGGUUUGUUCUUCAGGAGCAGUCAAGCAAGGAGGAUGCCAAAGAUAGGAACGUGGGAAAUGGCCAGAACGAGAUGCCAACUGUAUCAAGGUAUUUUAAAUAAGGAAAAAGAAAC